AGAGAGAGAGAGAUUUCAAAUGUUGGCAAUUGGGUCUUUUUAGAAUUCCGGUGAUAAGAAAUUUUUUUCGCAAUCGAUCCUGAUUUUUUUUUUUUUUACUUAGCAUUGUUCUCUCCAGUGCGUUGCCGCCUCCAAUCGAUCCUGGUGGCCAUUCCUUCAUCAUCGCCAAAUUCAACAUACAAAACCCUGGAUAUACAAAGGUUGUUGAUAUAUUUCUUGUUGUUUCUGUGAAGUUGGUAUGAUCACUAUGCCACCAAAAUAUAUAGCAACUGACACUCAACGUCAAAGAUACAAUGGAAAUAAAAGGACCAUUAGAGAAACCCUGCAUACAAAUAAAAGAAACAAAAAUCAGGCAUGGCUACUGAAAGCCCAACUUGUCGAAUCAAGUUCUACAUCUUCAAAUUCUGAAAAUUUUGAAAAUCAACCAUCUGGUUUGAAAGGAGUAUUUGAACCACAAAAUUCUACAGUACAUGUACUUAAAAAAGUACCUCCAUGUACCCAUUGUGGAGCAAAGAAAUUUGAAUAUGAACCACCUUCAUUCUGUUGUUGUAAUGGAAAUGUUGUUUUGGCAUCUACAACGGUUCCAGAUGAAUUAUAUACUUUAUUUACUUCUCAAACAUCUGAAGCCAUUGAAUUCCGUAGAUAUAUACAUGCUUACAAUAGUAUAUUUUCCUUCACAUCUCUUGGAGUUCAUGUCGACAAAGAUCUUGCAAAUGGAAAAGAUGGUAUAUAUACCUUUAGAGCUCAAGGACAAUUAUAUCAUGAUUUGCCUCCAAUUUUGCCGAAAAAAUACAAUCCAUGCUAUUUGCAAUUAUACUUUUAUGAUACUGAUAAUGAACUUCAGAAUAGGAUGAAAAUGUUACAAUAUUCAAAACUCAAAGAGCCUAUCGUGUCAAAACUAAUGGAUAUCCUAUCAAUUAAUCAAUACGCAAGGUUCUUUAAAAGUUUGAAAGACGUUCAUUUGUUGGAGAAUAAUGAGAUUAUAAUCACAAGUGACGUACAUCUUGAUCAGAGAGUUUACAAUUUACCAUCAGUCGACCAAGUUGCAGCUAUUUGGGUAGAUGGAAAUAAUCCCCAUAGAACUGAAAAUUGUGAUAUAGUAAUAGAAAGACAUUCAGGGAAGAAACAUCGAGUGGUACAUUAUUAUGGUUGUUAUGAUGCCUUACAAUAUCCUCUUUUAUAUCCAAAUGGGGAAGUCGGCUGGCACAGGAGCAUUAAACAAAAGAAUGUAACAGGUAGAGUUUUGCAUGAUUUAACAAGCGAGGAGUCUAUAUUUAAUAGAGAAGGCGACUUUGAAGGAUUUGAUGAGAGUAACAAGAACAAGGUAUCUCCCAGAGCAUAUUAUUGUCAUAAGCUUCAGAUUCGAGAUGGUCAUCGUUCUAUUCUUCUAUAUGCUGGUCGAUUGCUACAUCAAUAUGUUGUAGAUAUGUAUAUCAAAAUUGAAGCAACACGAUUAGAUUUUUUUCGAGCAAAACAGUCAAAUAUCCGAGCAGAAUUAUAUCAAGAAAUAGUUGAUAGUAUUUUAGCUGGAGAAACAAGAGGUGAUCAAGUUGGGACAAAGUUUGUUUUACAUGCAUCAUUUAUUGGAGGACCAAGAGAUAUACGUCGAAGGUAUCUUGAUGCUAUAGCUUUAGUAUAAAAAUAUGGAAAACCUGAUCUUUUCAUCACUAUGACAUGCAAUCCAGAUUGGGUUGAGAUACAAGAAGAAUUAAAACAAUGACAAGUUCCACAAGAUAGACCAGAUCUUACAGCUAGGAUAUUUCGAGCAAAGUUACAUGAUCUAAAAGAUCAAUUAUUCAAGAAAGGGAUCCUUGGUAAAGUGGCUGCACACGUACAUGUUGUUGAAUUUCAAAAAAGGGAGCUUCCACAUACACACAUACUGAUAAUAAUGCACAAGGACUUCAAGAUAACAAAUGCUGAUGUUUUUGAUAAAUUUGUAUGUGCAGAAAUCCCAGAUUUUAAUGAAGAUCUGGUUUUAUAUGAGAAAUUUAUGAAACAUAUGAUGCACGGACCCUGUGGAGAUUUGAAUAAACUAAAUGCUUGUAUGAGGAAUGGAGUGUGUAAGAGUCGAUAUCCUCGUUCAUUUAUUGAAAAUACCAUGUAAGAUAAAGAUUCUUACCCUAUUUAUAGACGAAGAAAUACUGGAAUACAAGUUAAGGUACGACGACAUUAUUUGGAUAACAGAUGGGUUGUUCCUUAUAAUUCAUACCUUUUGACAAGAUAUGAUUGCCAUAUUAAUGUUGAGAUAUGUUCUGGAUUGAAGGCAGUAAAGUACCU